AUGGCCGACUCAACUUCCUCCGCUGAAAAGCGCGAGGACAUCAUUCCCUCGAAUGAGAAGCGCGAACUCAAGGAAGAGGACUGCUACGAGAAGCUGGGCUACUGCUGGCCCCGUUGGAAAAAAUGGUCCUACCUCGCUGCUGUCGCUUUCGUGCAGGUGUCCAUGAACUUCAACACCUCGGUCUUUCCCAAUGCUAUAAAGCCCCUUGCUGCUGCCUUCGACAUUAGUGAGCAGCAUGCGCGCACAGGUCAGAUGGCCUAUCUGGUCACCUACUCUAUUGGUUGCGAGCUGUGGGCGCCCUGGUCUGAGGAGUUCGGUCGCUGGCCUAUCCUCCAGCUCUCCAUGUUCCUGAUCAACAUCUGGCAAAUCCCUGCUGCCCUGGCGCCUAAUUGGGGAACCAUUGUUGUUGCCCGUGCUUUGGGUGGUAUCUCUACCGCUGGCGGUAGUGUGACCCUGGGUCUGAUUGCCGAUAUCUACGAGCAGGAGACGCAGCAGUUCCCGCUCGCGUUCAUUGUCUUGUCCUCAUGUAUCGGUACCAGUAUCGGUGGUGUCAUCGGUGGUCCCAUCCAGCGCUUCCUUGACUGGCAAUGGUUCUUUUGGAUCCAACUGAUCUUCGGCGCCGUCACUCAGGCCAUCAUUUUCUUCAUGCCCGAAUCGCGUUCCACCAUCCUCCUCGAUAGGGAGGCCAAGCGCCGCCGCAAGUCCGGUGAAGACCCCAACAUCUACGGUCCGAACGAGCUGAAGAAGCCCCGUGUGUCGCUGAAGGAGGCCGGCAAGAUCUGGAUGCGUCCAUUCCACAUGCUGCUCACCGAGCCCAUCGUCUUCUGUCUGUCGCUGCUCUCCGGAUUUUCCGAUGCGCUCAUCUUCACCUUCCUGGAGAGUUUCGCCGUUGUGUACGAGCAGGGCUGGGGCUUCGGUAUUCUUGCUCAGGCUUGGGCUGUCAUCCCUAUCAACCUUGCCUACUUCAUAACGUACUUCACGUACUUCCCCUGGUUCUGGCGCGAUGAACAUAUCCGCAAGGCUAAGGGCGACGACGCGAUGGUACCUGAGCGUCGAAUGAAAUGGCUUUUGUGGCUUGCGCCGUUCGAACCUAUCGGUCUGUUCGGUUUCGCGUGGACUUCCUUCGGUAAGGAGCGCGGUAUCCCCUGGAUCGCAUCCAUGAUUUUCUCCACCAUGGUCGGUAUCGCCAACUACGCGAUUUAUCUGUCCUCAGUUGAUUACAUGAUUGCUUCGUAUGGUGUUUACUCUGCUUCUGCUUGUGGUGGUAACGCCUUCGCUCGUGAUCUGCUUGCUGGUAUCUCCGCUAUGUACGCGACCCCCAUGUACAGCAACAUCGGAGACAAGUGGCAGGUUGAGUACGCUUCCACUGUUCUUGCUUGUCUGUCUUGCGUUGUCGUUGCUCCUAUCUACGUCUUCUACUGGAAGGGCCCACAAAUUCGUGCCAAGAGCAAGUUCGCUGCCUCGCUGGCUGCGGAGCGCAAGGAGAACCAUGGUCGGAGAGUUAGCAAAGCUGCCCCUGAGCAUGAGCAGUUGGUUGAGCCUUGA